UCUUUCUCAACCUUCCGAUCUACCGUACAUUUAGUUCGAUAAUUAUCGUUGCGAUGCUGUUACUCAAUAGAAGAAUGAAUUCAACCACACGAAAUGAGCCCCUUUUACACUUAAAAGACAGAGCAAAAGAAGAAGAAUCAAAAGCAGAUAACUUAGUCAAAAGAACAUGCCAAGAAUCAAAGAAGAUAUGGGAAAUAGCUGGACCUUCCAUUUUCAGCCGAUUGGCCAUGUUUUCUCUCACUGUUAUCAGUCAAUCCUUUGCCGGCCACUUGGGUGACCGUGACCUCGCCGCCAUUUCCCUUGCCACCACUUUCUUCAUUCCCAUUACUUUCGGCUUCUUGCUGGGAAUGGCCAGUGCUCUGGAGACAUUGUGUGGCCAGGCUUAUGGGGCAAAGCAAUACCAUAUGUUGGGUGUAUACUUGCAACGUUCUUGGAUCGUGUUAUUUAUCAGCUCGAUAUUACAGUUGCCUCUUUUUGUUUAUGCCGCACCUAUAUUGGAGCUACUGGGACAGCCGGAAGCAGUGGCUAAAUUGACCGGAAAAGUGGCAAUUCUGCUGAUCCCUAUGCACUUGAGCUUCCCUUUUCAGUUUACUUUGUUAAGGUUCCUGCAGUGUCAGCUAAAAACAUCUGUAAUAGCUUGGGUUUCUGGUGGAACAUUUGCUCUACAUGUGAUCUUGAGUUGGAUUUUUCUAUAUAAGUUGGGAGUUGGAAUUGUUGGGACUGCCCUCAUUCUUGAUUUCUCUUGGUGGAUUUCUGUAUUGGGAUUUCUUGCUUACAUUGCCUUUGGUGGGUGCACUCAUUCUUGGACUGGUUUCUCUAUGCAAGCGUUCGUUGGUCUUUGGGGUUUCUUUAAGCUCGCUGUGGCUUCUGGGGUGAUGCUAUUGUUGGAGCAUAUUUAUUUUAGAGUGCUAGUUAUUGUGUCUGGGUACAUGAACAAUACUGAGGUUGCAGUUGAUGCGCUCUCUAUCUGUAUUACAAUCAUCGGGUGGGAAUCCAUGAUUCCACUAGGCCUUUUGGCGGCAACAGGGGUACGUGUUGCAAAUGAACUUGGAGCUGGAAAUGGGAACCGUGCAAAGUUUGCCACGAAAGUUGCAUUCUUGAACACUUUAGCAUUGGGCAUCUUAUUUUGGUCAAUAGUUAUGGCCUUUCCUGAUAUGCUUUCAAUGAUAUUCACGUCAAGUACUCCUGUCAUUAAAAUGGUGUGUGGAUUUGCAUUCUUGUUGGCAACCACAAUCCUUUGUAAUUGCGUUCAACCAGUUCUUUCAGGCGUAGCAAUUGGAUCUGGUUGGCAGGCACAUGUGGCAUAUGUCAACUUAGGCAGCUAUUAUUUAGUAGGAGUGCCCCUCGGAAUAUUUUUUGGAUGGUCACUAAAUUUUGGAUUAACGGGCUUAUGGUAUGGCAUGAUCACAGGGACUAUAGUUCAAACAUUGAUAUUAACGAUUAUGACCAUCAGAUGUCAAUGGACCAUAUAAAGAGGUAUGAGAAGCUGAAAUUCGAGAGGAAUGUUAACAACAUUGUUCUUGAUUCAUUAACACUCACUAACAAAGGGUCUCACACGCAAGCAGAAAACUUGGGGUCUGUUAAUGUUGGAAGAUAGCUGUGCUAUUUGUUGAUAUAACAUUUCCGUGACACAUAAUAUCUUUGUUCCAGUUGCUUUUGUAUGUAUUUUUUUAACUAUUCAACGUUCGAAUUCACUGGUCUACUAAUCUAGAUUUGCAUCGAGUAAGUUCAUUAAAGAAAGUAAAGCGCUCCAACCACUUGAUCUUGUGCUUGGUGUUGGUAACUAU